GCAAAACGCUCCGGAUCCAUUUGGAGGUGACACCCGGUUCAAAAUGAUGUCCGGCGUCAGUCUGCCUUGCAACAUAUUUACGUUUCAGGACGCGAAGUGUUUCCCUGACCCUGUGUUCGAAGUAAAACCUGAAUGUGUACACCCGUUUCCAGCUCCGAUAGUAGUGGAUAAUGGAUCUUUCCAAACGAGAGCCGGUUGGGCUUGUGAAGGAGAAGAAUUUGCACUUCCGGGGUUGCUGUUUAAAACGGUGGCGGCGCGAAGCAGAGGAGCAGCACGGAGUGAAACUCAGGUCGGCAAUGACAUCCCCAAUCUAGAGCCGCUCCGGUGGCUGCUGAAGAGUCAGUUCGACCGCAAUGUUGUGGUUAAUUUUGAGAUCCAAGAGCUCAUGGUGGACUAUAUCUUUGUUCACCUCGGAAUUGGGACUGAGGGUCAUGUGGAGCAUCCACUGGUCUUCACUGAGGCUCCAUGCAACCCACUUCACUGCCGGCAGAUGAUGUCUGAACUGCUGUUUGAGUGUUAUGGAGUUCCUCAGGUGGCAUAUGGUGUUGACAGCCUGUUCAGUUUCUACUACAACAGCACACAGUGUGGUCUCGAUAAACCUCACACAGGCCUGGUGUUGUCUUCAGGAUAUAACUGUUCUCACGUGUUGCCCUUCAUCAAUGGCAGACUGGAUGCUGUCAACUGUAAACGUAUAAAUGUUGGAGGAAGCCAUGCCGCAGCGUAUAUGCAGAGGCUUCUCCAGCUGAAAUAUCCUGCUCACCAGGCUGCCAUCACACCCAGUCGUAUGGAGGAGUUAAUGCAUCAACACUGCUAUGUUGCUGUGGAUUACCAGGAGGAGCUGGAGAAGUGGCGUAGUGCAGAGUUUUAUGAGGCUGAGGUUCACCGCAUGCAGCUGCCAUUCUCAGGGAAGGUCGCUGGCAUGUUCGCGAGCGUGGAGGAGAGACAGGAGAAACGAGUGCAGCAGCUUCGCAGGCUUGAGGAGAUGAGCAAUAGACACAAAGAAGAGAAACUGCAACAGGAUCAGAAAAGACUGCACACGCUGCUUAUGGUGCAGGAGCUGUUAGAGGAGGGUGCAGUGGAGCAGUUUCAUAGGCGGCUGAUGGAGCUGAACAUGGACUCAGCUGAGGAAUUACAGUCUUACAUCCACAAGCUCAGUCUAAGCGUGGAACAGCACAGACUAGUUAGAGCAGAGAUUUCAGAUUUGGAGCAGAUGGAGCAGCCUGCAGAUGAAGGUGAUAUUGAGGUUGAUGUAACUAAAGAAACCUCUGAACAUGAGAAGGCUGAUAAUAUCCAGCCAGUGUUUAACAUGGCAGAGUACCAUCAGUUGUUCGUGGGAACCGAGAGACUGCGAGCACCAGAGGUCCUGUUUCGUCCGUAUCUGAUUGGUGAAGAGCAGAUGGGCCUUAUUGAGGCAUUGCAGUUUGUACUAGAACAGUACUCUCCAGAAAUGCAGGCAAUGCUAACUGAAAAUGUUUAUCUGACUGGAGGAAACCUCCUUUAUCCUGGAGUUAAAGAAAGAGUUGAGAGAGAGCUGCUUGCUAUGAGGCCAUUCCAGUCACAUUUUAAGGUCUCGUUGGCAUCUCGGCCGUCUCUGGAUGCCUGGUUUGGGGCACAUGAGUGGACUUUAAGAAACGCGCCGGGAUCUCCUGGCUGGAUCAGUCGCCAGGACUACGAAGAGAAAGGGGGAGAGUACUUAAGUGAGCACUGCUCAUCCAACAUCUUCAUUCCCAUGUUGAUCAGCAAACCAGGAGCACGCAGUAAUGAACUGUCAUUCUCAGCCACAGAACAUGCUCAGGAAAUUAGCGCUCUAACGACGAGCUCGAACACCAAUGUGACCAGUGACUCAAACAGUGGAACUUCAGGGGUUACAGUGUCACAAUAGACACUGUUGCGUGCAUUUUCAUAUCUCUCAGUUUUACAUGUUGUCCUAAUGGAGGAGAUCGAAGUGGUGUUGCUAUCUCUGUUUUCAGAAGUUGCCCCAUAAUAAUGGAUUUAUUACUCUAUGAAUUGCAGAUACAAUGGCAGUGAUUGUUUUAUGCUGGACAAAGUCUGGUCAGACAAAUCACCAUUAUUUCCAUUUUUGUCUGCAUACUGAGACAGUGUAGUUUUCUAACAAUAUAAUUCAUUCAUUGUGUAAAUUCUGCUACUUUUUGCAGCACUCCUGUACAGCAGUUUUUAUGGAUAUUGACAGAUUUAUUUUAAACAAUUAAAAACACACUGAAAAUAGCUAAAAAUGUUGUUUUGUAAAUUAUAUUAAAAAAAAAAUAAUGUGCUGUACAAUUUAUGAAAAUUUCCCAUUUUUUGGCUGCAAAGUGAGAGUGUAUUCCAAUAAAGCAGGUUUACCAUUUUGUAGAAACCUUCCUUCA